GAGACUGACAAGGCGAUGAACAGCCGAACGACGAGUUCCCUUAUAGCUGCUGCAAUAGUUUGGAGCGUGGUGACUGGUCUAGGUCUGGCACAGAACAUCUGUUCACCUCAAGUUUGCAGUGCCUUUGUUGGUCGUACCGGAUUCAGAUGUGUCAAGAGAAGCUGCGGCGUUCGACGUCGAUGUGUGUCGCCUGGUCUCCAGACGAGACCGACGGUAGUGAAAGCGACAACACAGGAAGAUGACGAUGAAAAUCUGUACGUCACGAAUAACGGUUCGGGAUCUUCCAACAACUCCGGAAGCGUUUCUCUUCGGCGCCGAGCACAGUUUUCCUUUGUAACCGUUUCGCCCAACGGCUUUUGGGUAAUUCUAAAGAUUGGAGACAAUCGAUUUUUGCCUAUGCAAAUCACGGACACGACAAUGGAUCAAGCCUCGGCGACAACUCCGGAAGCGCUAACCGUCCUACAGCUUCUCUCCGACGUCGAUAUGGCUGGAGCCAUUUUGCCACCCGAUGCACUCGCCCAACUCGUGGUUCGGCAUUGCGAAGAGAAGGUCGAAUUGCAAAAGAAUGAAGUUUGCAAAACGUCCCUGCAGAUUGUGAAAGCUGUAAAGGAAGAGCUUCCCCCCAACAACGAUAGUUAUUCUUCGUUGCACCAGUGGUUCCGAUCCCGAAUGCGCUUGCCAGUAUCGACCUUGGACGAAGUUGUAGUGUGCCUGACCGAAAACGAAGAUAAAGCGAUACUGAACCUUCAAGUGGCGGUGAAAGACUUUGGGAUCCUUUCCGUUCGACCUUCGGAAGAUACGGUCCAAGAAAUUUGCUAUGAUUACCGUCCAGCUACGUCCGCCUACUUCUUAGGCCUUGCACUAGCACUUCGGUACAAAUCGCCAGUCGUGUUGGAGGCUCCAUCGGACGCCCAGGCUUUCUUGACAAUGCAACAAAUAGAGGAGAGAUUUCCAAUGUACACAACUGUGGACCGACUACAACAAACUUCUUCGCGCGUAACGGCAAACAUCGAGAAGUCCUUUCAAAUUAACCAGCUACAAGCUGCCUUGCGUAUUGCUCUGGAAAAAGGUGAUGCGCAGGCCGCAGUCAAAAUUCGUGCCCAACUUGACAUUCAAGAUAGCAUGGAGGAUCUGCCUACACAGCCCGAAUCCGAAACCGAUAAAAUGGAAUAA